GGCUGAGAGAGCACGAAGUGUGUGAGUGAGUGAGUGGAAAAAGAAAAAGUGUGUGCCGGAGGAAGAAAGAGUGAGAAAGAGGCAGAGAAAGAAGAAUAACUUUAUUUUAAAUCCUCUUUCGGCACAGCGUCGUUGUUUUUAAGUGUCGGCGAGGAUGAAGACGGUGAUGACGAGGAAAAGAGCAGGCGGUGUCUUCACAACAGACGGGAUGAACAUUUAGACUCGUCGCAUUCCGUUGCUCCAGCAGCACCGACCGACGGCAGCAGCAGCAAACUCCGACCUGCGCCAUUCACACCCGGGCGACUGGAGCGCCCCCUUCCUCCUCCUUCUCCUCCUCCAGAGAUUUGGGGCAACAUUUUCUCAUCAGAACACACGAACACUCUGGCACAAAAGUUUUUGAGAAAAAAAUAGAAGCUUGUGCGAAGUAAACGGAGUUUUUUUUGUUUGUAUUUUUAACUUUUGACUGGACGCCGGAGCAGGUUCUUCUCUCGCAAGCCUCUUCUUGUGAGAACAACACCGGAGGAGGGAGCGGGGGUGUCGCUGCUAACGGCUAAGCUAACUCCCCGUCUAAAGUUACAAGUCGACGGGGGAAAGUGAGCGAAGCGGCGAGGAUGAAAACCACGACAGACGGGGGGUUUGUCUUCCCAGACUGGGCCUACAAGCCCGAGUCGAGCCCGGGCUCCAGGCAGAUCCAGCUGUGGCAUUUCAUCUUGGAGCUGCUGAGGAAAGAGGAGUACCACGAUGUCAUCGCCUGGCAGGGAGACUACGGCGAGUUCGUCAUCAAGGACCCGGAUGAGGUGGCGCGCUUGUGGGGAGCCAGGAAGUGUAAACCACAGAUGAACUACGACAAGCUCAGCCGAGCACUAAGAUACUACUACAACAAGAGGAUCCUCCAUAAGACCAAAGGAAAGAGAUUCACCUACAAAUUCAACUUCAACAAAUUAGUGCUGGUCAACUACCCUUUCAUCGACAUGGGCUCCGGUCGAGGCAUCCCUCAGAGCGCUCCUCCGGUGCCAUCUGGAGGCUCCCACUUCCGUUUCCCCCCUUCCACGCCAUCAGACAUCCUCUCAUCCAGCGAGGAGCUCCGCAGCCCGGGCAUGUUUAGCAGCGUGGCCCGUCGUAUGGCUCGAGGCUCUGUCAGCGACUGCAGUGAUGGCACCUCUACCAACUCAGAGCUGGAGGAAGCUGUGGGGGCAGAUGAGCGAGGUGUGGGACCGGAGCGGGCUUUUAGAGGUCUGCUUCCUCCCCGCCUGCCUCACGAUUCUCUCUUCAGGGUCUACGGUGGAGGUCCGAACCACGCUGGACUCCCCAGACCUGCACCCAGAGUCCACCCAGAUUCUCUGUCUCCGUUCCCCGUCUCCCCCCUGCCCGGCCCUGGCAGUCUCCUGGCUCCAACUCUGUCCCCCGCCCUCUCCAUGACCCCCACCCCCCACCUCUCUUACACCCCCUCCCCCUCUCUGUCCUCACCAAUGAUGGGCUCCCACUUCUCCUUCAACGCGGAGGAUAUGAAGCACUACCUGCAGGCCCACACCCAGUCUGUCUACAACUACCACCUCAGCCCCCGAGCUUUCCUCCACUACCCCAACAUCAUCAUCCCUCAGCCCCACCGCCCCACCCUAGAGAAACCGCCUACUCACCACCUCCACGGCCCGCCCAUGCCACAGCUCUCUCACUCGCUCGGCCAGCACCCAGGAGGUGGAGAGGAGGCGCAGCAGCACCCGUCUCCAUUCAAGUUCAAGCUGCAGCCUCCUCCGCUGGGGCGCAAGCAGAGGGAUUCAGGAAGCUCAUUGGCUGCUUGUACUUCCUCAUCCUCCUCCAGCCAGUCCUCGUCAUUCACCGCGUCUGGACAGAUGACCAGUUCAGUCCUGGCUACAGGGCCUCCCAAGAUCAAGGUGGAGCCCAUAUCUGACAUUGAGUCAGAGGAGGAGGUGGAGGUGACUGACAUCAGUGAAGAAGAUGAGAUGAAUCAUGACGACGAUGACGAAGGUGACAUCUUCACCCCGCCAGCUCAUCAUCAGCUCAACAGCCAUCCUCAGGCCAACGGGAGUGGCAGCAGCCCCUCUGCUCCUCUUCCUCCACACAGUUUCCACGACGAUGAUCCUGACGACGAUGAGGAGGUCUUCAAGACCCCGGCCACGCCUCCGAUCGGCAGCGCCGCCCUGCCCUUCCCUCUGAUCAGCCUGAAGAGUGAGCCGGGUCAGUCGGCGCCCAUCAGCCCCGGCGGCACGCGCUGCAUCCCCAUCAAGCUGCGCUUCAAACGCCGCUGGAGCGAGGACCAGAAGAUGGAGGCAGACGGAGAGAAGGAUGAGGCUGAGGACAAGAAAGUGAGGGCCGAUAGAGAAGAGGAGAAGGAGGAGGCAGGGAGGAGAGGAAGGGAGGUGGAAAACGGAGGAGGAAAAGGUGUUAUUUUGGGCUUGAUGCUGCCACCGCCUCCCACCCAACGCCGAGCGAGCUCCGAGCUGCAGAGGGCCACAGCACAGCUGUCGCUGGAGAACACUGGCUGCUGAGCUUCACGUGUGUGCUUAAACACACACAUACACACACAGGGGAUCUGCUUAGACACAAAACACACACCUCUGCGAGUCUUGGUAACAAGUUGAAUAGUUGUUCAUAGAUCAUAAUGGCCUGCGACAACUCAUCUGUAAAGAAAGAACUGAAAGGUUUUUCAGCAUUGCCACAGUCAGGCUCUUUUAACUGACCUCACAGCUUCACAUGAGCUCCUUAAAUAACUCAACAAAGACGGAAUAUUCUCCUGCAUAGUUUACAUCUACACGUUCACAAUCAAGGUGAACUUACUUUUUAAAAAGACCAUUUAGGUUUUGUUGAAGUGUGGCGUCAAGCACGGAAAACUGAAGGUUUUCUUGCGCUCCCACACCAAAGUCCAUAGAGGAAAAUCAGUGAUUUAACAUCAGGACACACAUGAGUUUGUUUAUCCACUGCUGCCGCCCCUUUGUUAAGUUCAAAUGUGGUAUUUUGUGACUUUGGUGUUUAAAAUCCUUUACGUGGAUUUUAGUAAGUGACACUCACUCACCACAUGAGGCAGCAGUAUACCUGAACCUCCUGUGUCUCCAUGAGCUAAGAAACGUUGAUUUCCUCACUCAGACUUUGGUGUGGGAGAGUAAGUGCAGUUUUCAAACUUCAGUUUUCAGUUGGAAAGCGGCGGCAUAAACAAGCAGACGCGUUAUCACAGAUUUACGCAGGCAUCGAUUUUAUUCAGUACCUCAUACAGCCACACUUCACAAAACCUGACCUGCCUUUUUAACCUUUCAGCUUUUACUCUGUUAAUAACUUCAUGGUCAGUACUGUUAAGUGUUAUGAUCUAUGUAACACGGUUUAAAACUCACAUGUCCCGGUGCAGCGUCUAAUGUAAAACAAGACACUUUUUAAGAAGUGUUCCUCUGUGUCUUGCAACACUAAGAGAUGAACUCGGUUUCGAAUAUUGACUUCUGUUUUAACAUUAGCGCCCCACAGAGAGGGAAAAAAACUGGGUCUGCUCUUUAAAUCUCUUAGGAACUGCACACUGCCUUCUCAGAGCCUCAUCGUUGGCCCUCAUAGUGCCAGUACGUCUGCCAGCGAUGAGCUCACAUCAUCACACCUGUGCCCAGAUCACGCCUGUGCUGGGAUAUAAUGGCUCACAUCCACGUCUCAGAGUUGUGCAGCAGCACAUAGAAGGAAUUUCUCACUCGGGUCCUGCUCAUUUGAAGAAGCUUCUCCAGCUUUGAAGAAGUAGUGGAUUGUGAAAACCCAGAAGACGGCAGUGUGACCAAUGCCAACUGCAGUCUAACACCACCACCGACCAGCUCCCAGUUAUUCUCCUCAGAUUCUGUUGUUGCUAAAAUCAGAUAGAGAUUACAGAAGUGCCUCUGUGUCUGCAGUCGUUUACAAGAUGGAGGGCAACGAACAAAAAUGAAAGAACUGAACCAUCAGUCUUUUCUGCAGCUGCGACACUGAAGGACAGAAUCACGGGUGGCCUCUUCAUCCUCACCCUUCACUACAGUGUAUAAAGACCAGGAUGGAUUUGUCAACACUGAGGGCACAGAUUGAACCUGAGGUCGUUUUUUUAAUUCACUUUCUCUAUGAGACGUUUGUCGUCAGGCGGUGUCGGACCCGGCCGUUUGUACAGAAAAGCCGCGGCGGAGGCGUCUCAUCUUUGUCUCCUCUCCUCCACACUUGCAGGAGGGAAAAAAAACGAGGAAGCAGCUCCGCACAGAACUGUAAUUACAGCCACGCUCGUUCCUGUAUGUGUGCGUGGUGUGAAAACGUCAGGGAGACAGGUGGGCGUCUACGCUUUCCCCCCUCUGUGUCCCCGCGUGACUCCACACCAUCUUUUUUGUCUUUUUGGAGCGUUUUCACAGAUCCUCAGUGCUCUUGUGCAUUCCCUUCCCCUCCUCCUUCGUCAAUGUUUUUAAAGACUUUCUCUGUCAGAGGAACGCGUGUGCCUCCCGAGGACAUGGACAGUAUUUUUGGGCAUUUUGCAGUCAUCUGCGGGCUUUUUGUGUCCCCCCACCCCCCGCCGCCGCAGAAAAAAAAAAGCCCGAUCUGUUCAUGUGUUGUUUUUAGAAGCGACGGCUGAUUUUGUCUAAGGGGGUAGAGCGGGAACCAUGUAAUGAAUGUCGAGCAUCAAGGCUAACUCAGGCAAACCUUCACUGGGAUGUUAAGAGACGACUUAUUUUUAUGACGUUGUAUUUGUUUUAUGUAGUUUUAAAAAAAAAUGAGAAAAGAAACGAUAUUUUGCCCAUUUUAAUGAACAAACAAUUCCAAAUAAGAAUGUGCCUUUUUUUAAAAGAGAGAAAAAAAAGCAAACAUGAAUUUUAUCAAGUCCCCCCGUGCAAAAUAUUUUAUCACACAACCACCAUGCCUUCUUUUUUUUGUAAAAGAGAUACAGAAGAAGUAAAUCUACACAUAUAUAUAUUUUAUUCAAAUAUAUAUUGAAUUCAAAUAUUAUAUUUCAAUAUGGUCAUUUGAUACAAAUCAGUUUAAAAAAAAAAGAAUCCUAGUUAUUUUUAAUGGUAAAGAUGUGUAUAUAUAUAUUCUAACGGGCAUAUUAUCACCAGUAUAAUUCAGCCUUUGCCUUCUCACCCUUGCCUUCUCACGACCGUUGAGCUGCAGCGGAGAAAAAACAAAAUAAAACAAAGCCACCGCUGUCGGAGUUUUAUAUUUAUAUUGUAAAAAAUAUUAAAAGAAAAAAAAUGUUAUGGUGCAUUCAGGGGGGAAAAAAAAGGACGGUGCAGCGAACCGUGAGUUGAGUCGUGUUUGCUGCGUUGUAGCGGGGCGCGUUUGUUUUUAACACACCAGGAGAGCAGCAGCAGCAUACGUGGAGUUUACCCUAAAUUUAACUUUCUGCUCGCUGGUAAACUCCACCUGCCGCAGAGAGAGAGAGAAAGUUUUACUCUCAUCUCCGUUUAGAAAUGUCGAUGCACAGGUGGAAACGGCAGCUUGUGUGUUCAGAGAAAGACGAGUUCACCUCGGUGUCAGCAGCUGCUGAUAUGACAGGACUUUGGUUGGAGCGUGGACUGUGGACUCGAGCUGCACACGCACACACAUUUGUGUACAAUGAGGACAGACAUACACAUAAUGCAAACCUUCACCCCUUUACCAUCAUAACCUAAGGCAAUAAUACUUAACUUUAACCCAGUUAUAGCCUGAACUCCAAAACUAAGUCUCUCUCCUUAAACAGCCCUUAAAAACAUAGCCAAAAUGUCCUCACAAAAUAGGUUUCAAUCUAAAUUUCUUCUCACAACCUACAACUACCACACACACACAGUGAGUGCUGGUCAGGCACUUACUGUGGUUAAAAUCACAUUACGUCACUUGUGACAUCAGACGACGCCACAGUUGUUCUAGAAUAGACGCCAUAACCACCACAAUUUCACACACACACACACACACACACACACACACACACAGACAGACAGAGGUCCAGUGUGUCCAGAAUUAGUUUAAUGUUCCUCUCAAUCCUUUCCUUCCCCAAGUACGUCAGGGAACUACGGUGGCCUUCACAGACCAGAAAGGAUUAAGGUUUUAGUGCAUGGUUUGGCGGAUUUUGUCCAGUUAGGCCGCUGUAGAAACACUGGGUUCACAAGAUGGCGGCUGUCACAAAGUUCUAAUGCUACAGGAACUAAACUUUUUUUUUAAUUUUAAGGUUAUUAUUAAGGCUCUAUAUAACAAUUAUCUUCAUAAUCGAUUAAUCGAGUACUUGUCUAGUCAAAACAUUUGGUCCAAAAAUGAUUUAAAAAAAAAGAAAUUGCCAAAUCUGAAAAUGAUGGGGGCGGGGGUUUUGUCCAAAAACCAAAAUGAUGAAGUUUUAAUGACUUUCUUUGUUACACGGAGCAAAGAAACCAGAGAAUAUUCACAUUUAAGAAGCUGCAAAAACCUCAAACUGAUUAAUCGUUAAUUUAAAUAGUCGAUUCAUUUAGUAAACGAUUAAUAUUCGAUUUAUAGAACAAUCACUGCAGCCCUUGCUGUUAAAAACCUAUACAAACAUACUUGUGGGUAGUAAUGUAUUCACCUUUUACACACUGGACCUUUUUUUAAAUGUGGCCAAAAAAUUAGGGGAAGCGGGACAAUAGUCUCUCUAAUCAUACACACAUUUAUGCACGCACACACACGGGAAAUGACAUCACAAAACCUCAGUGGAGUGAAGAAAGAGGGACUUCCCAUAAUCUGACUCACCUGCUUUGCUCUGUGUGUGUGUGUGUGUGUGUGUGAGUAUGAGAAUGGACAAAGAAAACCCCCUUGACACACACACACACACACACCAUCCUCACGUUUCUCAUCCAUUGUGAACAACAGGGCUGAACAAUUUGGUUUAAAUGUCUUAAUUGUCACGUUUCUGACAUUUGAUUUGAUUUAUAUACAAGUUUUAGGUCCAGUUCUAGCUUUAAAAUAUGAGACGGCAUCAAAAUGUAGUUCCUGUCCUGGUGAACGAGCAGCUCCAGUCUCACGUCCACGUCUUCAAAAGGACGCUUUCGUCAUUUGUCCAUGAUCGUUUUUCUUCCUCGGGCAGAGACAAACUUCCUCUUCUGUCUUUUGACACGUUAACGUUCUUCCCCAGAAACUCAAACUUCAAAUCGGGUUGAAGAGACGAAAAGAGAGCUGCUGUUUCUGCCUCUCGUAUCUUUAAAAACAAACAAAAAAACUAACAAACGCGAGAGAAGAAGAAGAAAGUGUUUCCCGACCAGGUCGAUAUUUGCACCCCCUCGAUUUCAUUACGUUGCUGUUGUUAUCAUUUUUUCUUCUGUAUGUUUUCAGACGUAUUUACUGUUACUCUUGUAAUUAUUACAGUAUAUUAUUAUUAACAUGACUAUUUUUUUUGAUUAUUUUGUACCCUCUCUCUCUCUUCCUCUCUCUUUUUUCUCCAUGAAUUCCUGGUUUGGAGUUGUUUUUUUGUUCCAGUUUUGCACUCGUCUCCAUAUGAACUAUAACUUUAAAUUUUCAGUGCAGUCUUUUCUAUUUUUCUUUUUACUCACAUUGAUUUUAUAAUCAUGUUACCAUGGAGAAGAGGGGUGUCCCCUCUUUUCACAUUUUCCCCCAUGAUAUACAGACCGGGAGGGGGGAAGAGACUUACUUUCCUUUUUUUUGUUUUUUGAUGUUGUGUGUGUAUAUAUAUUUUUUUUCCAUUUUGGAGUAUUCUGUAAUAAACAAAAAGAGCAUUGUACUGUUUAACCAUUGUAUUAUUUGAAUGAACCUCCUCAUCCUCUCUGCUCGUCUUUGUCUGUCCUCUCACGUCCACCUCAGCGGUGAAGUGUCACUCCAGAGAAGAGACAGAGACUUUUCUUCUUUUUUAAUCACGGGAGGAUCCACCUGUUCUGUUUUUUCUUCUUAUUUGUUCAUCUUCAUUUGUAAUUAAACAAUAAUCAGGGUUCAUUAAAAAAGGUUAAAAAUGGA